AAUAUCGGGAAAGAAGGCAAGCUCGGUGAAAAAAAUUUAGAGUAGGCCAGGGCAGACAUUGGCUGUCGAUCGUCCAUGAACUCUCUAGAACCCAGCACUGCAUUGCAGGACACAGGUCACAGGUCACUAAGUAUUUUGUACAACACUAAUUCUGUCUCUACUGGAUUCAUUUGUUCUUCAUUCUUUCUCCUCUGGCUUCUUAUUUUCCUGUGCUGAAAUAUCUCCGUUCCAUUUGAAUCUAAUUUUAGGUAUUUCAGAAAUAAUUUGCUGGUCGGAGGAAAAUGGUUUGUUCUUGAUACAUUGCAUUGGCAUAUGGUAGGCUAGUUAACUAGAUUCGUUUCCAUUCUCAGAUUGACACCUAUUUAGCUGGAGAUCCACAAUCACUGACAUAAAAGCAUGAAUCUAUUACUUCAUUCAACACAUGGACAAAGCUGGGGUUUCCAAGACCUACAAACUUGGUGAUCCAAUUACUAGCGACAUCAUUGUUCAGUUGAAAAACAAAGAAGGAAGAUCUGAACAGUUCUAUUGCCACUCCUCCAUUCUCACAAAGAAAAGCAAGUUCUUCGUUGAUCAACUAUGUCGGCCCAACUCCACUAAUUGCAUUGAGUUAUCUGCUUCUGUAUUUGAUUAUGAAUACCUCAAUAAGCUAUUGGGAAUGCUCUAUCUCUCUGGAGAGUCACUCCCGGAUUCUUUCGACUCUGUCAGAAUCGCUCUUGGUGUUCUUCAAACUGCAACUCGCUUACACUGUGAAGAGAUCUCCAAGAUCUGCAUACAGUACCUCGAAGCUGUUCUAUGGGAGGAUAAAGAAGAAGAAGAAAUUCUAAAUGCUGUCAGCGGAUUGGGUCCAUUAGCCACACCCCUAUUAGCUAGAAUACAGCCUGUAGACAUAAGUUACACUAAAGAUGUGUUCCUCUCAGCAAUUCGCUUUUUGAUGUGCACCAGUAGAACAUCUCCUCAAUUAGAUGACCUAAAAACCUCUAUGCGGGAACAAGUUGAUUACAUGCUAGUAGAAGAUGAAGAUGCCCCUCUAGUUAUUGUUGAUGACGAGGUACGAGCUGAGAUGAAAUUAGGUAUUUCCACAAUUUUCUCCUUAUUUGAGAAGGAAAUGAGUUCUUUUCCGCAUGAAGUUGCCUUUCGAUCCGAGAAAGCUGAAAGCAAAGUUUUGCGGAUUCUGUUGGAUAUUGAGUGGAUGAGUAGCAUAGUUCCUAAAAUGGAUCUUAUGAUGGAAUUUAUUUCCACCUGGAUUGAUGUUUCAGACAAUAUUUUGAGAAUAAUUCAAGAUGAGAAAUUGGAUAUGAUUAUGUGGGGAUUGAAAAGGAAAUUACUAGAAGUUGUAGGAAAGGUAUUGGAAGCGGCCAGUUGUGGGACUUUAAUACUUCCAGUACCAGCCCGUGUUCAGUUGUUGACUACAUGGCUUCCUUAUAUUAGAAAAAUGAAGCCUCUGUUGGAGUUGAAGGGCAGUGAAGAGUUAGGGUUUCCAUACAAAAUGACUGAUGAUUUAUGCCACAGUAUCCAAAGCUCUACCAUCUCAAUGGUGUUGGCUUUGCCGGUACAAGAACAAACUGACAUUCUCGCUGACUGGAUUCAAGCUGAUCAGGUGAAGUUCCCGGAUUUAAGUGAGGCACUCGAGGUCUGGUGUUGCAGAACCAAGUCUACGAAGAGAAGAUUGAUGGUGGGCUUCGGCGAAGUCGGUAACGCUGCCUUCAGUCUUUGACGAAAUCUCUAUUUUACUUUUCACAAUAUUUAUUUAAUUAAAUGAGAUGGACAAUUUUGAUGUUAUUGUCUCUGGAAGUAUCUGAGUAAAGCUCUGCAUUUCCCUGGUAUACUUGGCUUUUCUUUGUUGAUGCCUCUAUGAUCUAUGUGACUGUCAUUUUAUGGUA